UUAACAACGUUUAAAUCAACCUGAAUGUGUCCUAUGUUUCUGUGUCAACCGUGCGCUUUUGGCUUCACAUCAGCGGCGACAAAGACGAACCAGGAGAAAGCAGAAGCUCGUUAGAAGAGCAGGACAGGACAGGAGUGAGCUCGCCUAUUCCUCCUUCUCUUCUCGCAGAGGAGGAGGAGGAGGAGGUGGUAGAAGAAGAGAGGCGGUGACAGACGUCCCCCACGGGACAGGCCGACAGAUUCACGCUGCUAACAGGUGUGUCUGAAGAGGACACGCCGCUCCAAUCUGUAGCACCCGGCCGGUCCGGUACACCAAACCCCCUUGUCCGCCUGCCAGUCUACACGCCCCGGGUCUAAACUCUUUGUGUCUGCUGGAAUCACAGUCAGACAGCCGCGGGUUUGUAGUUCCACUCGUCCGUUUGGGCAGCAUCCCUUAUCCUUUUCCUCUUUCGGUCUCGUCGCAGAUUUCCAUUGGUGCGUAACAGCACCAGCAGGAGGAAGCAGCAGCAGCAGCAGGAGCAGGAGGUGGAGGAGGAGGAGGAGGAGAAGGAGGGACACACACUGCUAAUUUACGAAAACCAAUGAGACUUUGUAGCAAGGUGUUUUUUAUUUAUUGAGACAUGGAAGUAAAUUAGACGUCCGGACUUGGCUUUACCGUGAAUCUGAGGGUUCGUCACAGUUAGUCCGGCGACGUUCGCGAACCGAGCCCAAGGGAGCUCUGCCUUGUUUAUUUCAACUAAGUGUUUUUUGUUGUUUUGGUUUUUUAUCAUGAAGAGGACCAGCAGCGUGGCGGACACGGUGACCACCUCCACCACUAACAUACACCAGCAGCAGAGGAGCCGGAGUCCCAGCAGCUGCGGCAGCGCGGCUCCAGCGGCUUCGGAGAUGUUCGGCGAAUUUCAGGACUGGUGCCUGCGGACGUACGGGGACUCCGGGAAGACCAAAACCGUGACGCGGCGCAAGUACAACAAAAUCCUGCAGACGCUGCUUCAGGUGGACGAGGAGAAGGGCAACGGGGUGUUCGUGCACGACAAGAGCAACAGCAACCACACCAAUGCCAAAUUCAAAUUCUGGGUCAAGUCCAAGGGCUUCCAGGUCAAGACUGUCCCCGACGGCAAGAACGGCUCCCCGGACAGACCGGUGCUCUACGUCCCCAUCAAAGCGACGUGUGUGGACAGUGUGUCCGGCGUGGACUCGUCCCUUAAACGCGUGGCAGUGGUGGAGGAUUUCUUUGACAUCAUCUACGCCAUGCAUGUGGAGAUCAGUGCCGACCCAGGGAAAGCACCAAAACAUGCCGGCCAGAAGAAAACCUACAAAGCUAUUGCAGAGACGUACGCCUUCUUGCCCAGAGAGGCUGUGACUCAUUUCCUGAUGAGCUGUGGCGAGUGUCAGAAGAGGAUGCACAUCAGCACUACAGGACAAGACUACAAAGGUACAAACACAACGCUGCAGCACAUGUCCAACUCCCAACUCCUAUUUUGUGCUUCUCCAUUAAAAAAGAAAAAAAAAAAAAAAUGAAAAAAGGGAGCUUUCAAAGCUUUCGUCCUCCUGUGGCUUCAGUUCACAAACAGGUGGAAACGACUGUACAGUUACUGGUGAUGUAACUGUGACCGUUCUGAUCUAAAUGGAAAACAACAAAGCGUUUGCUCCGUG